UCAAACUUUUUCUUCCCCUCCUUCACGAUAGACAAGAAAAGGAACAAAGCUCCAACGUUAAUACUUCUUCUCCCUAAAGAUCAAAUCAAAUUUUCAUUGAUCAUCAGCUACCUGCCGACGGCGACAGAGGGGACGAUGACUGCUAGCAAGGAGGAUCAAGACUGGAGGAAGAUGGCGGACACCCACAAGAUGAGCCCCGAGGAGGAGAGGGCGGCGGGUGUUGAGGCCUCCAGGAGGCCGCCAGGUCACCACCCCGGAGGCAUCCUUCACCAGAGGAGGGAGCUGCCCUACAGCUUCAAGACCAUAACAGUUGCGGGGAUACUCAUCACCGGGGCGGUCGGGUACCUCACCCUCUACUUGCUGAAGAAGCCCGAGGCCAGCGCCGGCGACGUGGCCAAGGUGGCCACUGGGAUGGCCAAGCCCGAGGACACUCACCCCAGGAAGUAGAUAGUGAGAUCAAAUCGAGCCCCAUCCAGAACGUGAAUGUUGGGUCUCUUUGGUCCAAUACUAUUAGUUCGACGUUACUCUUAUAUAUGUUUUCCUUUUCUUUAUUUUGGGCAGGAACCAUUUCGGUACUGGGCUGGGUAGAGCAAGAAACAGCAGUAGUUUAUGAUAUUGUAGCUACUACCUACGAGUUGCGCUAGGCGUAUUCCGACUAUGAUCGUCUUCCGGACUAUAACUUAGCCAGAAAAUUUUUUCUGGGGUACAACUUGGCCGUUUUUUUACUGACCAUAAUCCGAAUGGUGUCCGUUGUGCUGCUA